AUUUCGUUGGCGUCAUUCGUUGAAAAUACAGUAUAGUCUUUCUUGAUGUUGAGAUGAAUUCAGUAAAAUCCAUAAAAAGGUUAUUUUCAUCAAUCUCAAUCAUUAUUUCUAUUGUCCUCCUUGUAAAAGUAUUGAGUUCACUCUACUUUGGCGUUUAAAAAGUACGUUUGAAGUGAUGUUACAAAAAAAAAGCCCAAUCAAUUGUAUGGUGUAAUCAAAUACAUAGAAACAAAUAUUAAUAAAAAUAAGGGAAGAAAUUGGCCAACACAGACAACAACAGUUGGUUGACAUUCCAUCGGAGCAAAACACAAAGCGGUGCAUUUAUUUUUGUAAGUACGAAAAAUUGUUGAUCAUCUUGAUGUGACUCACAAUAGCAACCGCUCCAAAAGUUACAUUAGAAAUCGAUGAAGUAGCCGAUACGCUUUUCAACAGAUCCGAAACGGUGCUAAAAAUUCGGCACAUUGAAAUGCCAUCACAAGUCGAAUCAUUUUCAAGAUCAACGCCAGCACCGUCAGAUUCUGGUCAAAGCGAUGAUACAAAAUGUUCAUUGUGCAAGCGAACAUUUGAGAGCAAAUGGCUUCGAGACUGGCACAUCAAGCGAAUGCACGAUGAAUCAGACAUCAGUUGCAGCACUUGUGAUGCAACAUUCGUCACGGUUGACUCUUACAACGAACAUUGCAUCAUUCAACACCCGGCCAAAAUUCCACGUAUUGAGAGUCCAAAGCAAACGUUAAAAUAUGAACGCUCACCAUCGCUGAAAAUCGAUCGAUUGACAUUGUCCCAAGAAAACGACCUGCUGCGCAUUAAAAUCAAAUUUUUGAAGAAGAAAUUGGAAAAAGCCGAAAAACCACAUCGCAACGAAUCGAAAUCACUCGAAACGAAACAGGACCAACGUUUCAAAGAACAAUUUAAAGAGAAAGACGACUCAUUGAAGGAGAAAGAUUGUGCUCUGGCGGCAAUGCAACAACAACUCAUGAUGCUUGAAUCAACAAAUACCAAACUUAUGCAAGAACUCCAGAAUGAACGCUUGCGAGCGGGAAUGUUCUAUGAAACACUGAAGGCUGCAUGCGGCUGUGAUCGAAAUGGUUCAACGAAUGCGGAUUUAUGAUUGCAUCGAAAAGCCCUUUGCUUACAUAACAGCCUGGACAAUGAUUAUUUAGUUCAAUUUCAUGACAUUAGAUUUAAGUAAAAUGACGCACAGAACUCGUUUUUGCCGUUCAUUCUCACACCUUUGAAUUUAUUAUCAUGUGUUUUUAGCGCUGAGUGUUCCUCAUUAAAAUAAAAUUGU